GGAGAGAGAGAGAGCGCGAGAGAGUGCGCGCGCGCCUCUCUGUGUGAGGGAGAGAGCGCGAGAGAGUGCGCGCGCCUCUCUGGGAGUGCGCGCGCAUCCGUGGUGCUUUUUUUCCCUCACUGUGUUGUGAGGGGGGGAGAGGAAUUGUUUUGUGAGGGACUGACUGAGGAAGGAAGAAAGGAAGGAAGGAAGGAGGGAGGGAAGGAGGAAGAGCCGCGCUUCCUGCUGGUCGCCGGGAUGUGGUGAAGGGAAAGGGGAAAGGCUUCCCCCCUCCUUCCUUCCUUCCCUCCCUCCCUCCCUCCCUUCCGCCGAGCAGGCCCUCCUCCAAGGCUCCGAGGCAGAGGAAGGCGAGGAGGAGGAGGAGAAGCCUGACGUGGCCGCGCCCCGAAGGGAGCCCCUCAGUCUCCCCACUGGAGUUGGAGGACUGAUAUUGGCCUCAGUAAUAAUACCAAGAAUAAAAAUGCUUUCGGGGCUUGCUGAUUAGACCAGAAUAGCCAUGUUCCGGAACAGUCUCAAGAUGCUUCUUACAGGAGGAAAAUCAAACCGCAAAAACAGAUCCAGUGGUUAUCAAAGUUGCAGUGCUGGUGUGACAUGUGUACUUUGUUGGAUGGAGGAAGCGAGGAACAAGCAGACCGAAGGCAAGCAAGCAUAGACUACUGUCAGAGCCAUUCAGGGCAAGGUGGCAGCUCCACAGAGAACGACUGUGCAUUUGAACCAGAGUAUGCUAUCCCAGCACUCCCAGUGCCCGAAGGUAUGCAGCACAUUCGGAUUAUGGAAGGCAUGUCCCGCUCUCUCCCAUCCUCCCCAUUACUAACACAUCAGUCUAUCAGUGUUCGGCUCCAGCCCAUGAAGAAAUUAACUGCUCCACUAAGGAAGGCAAAAUUUGUUGAGAGCCCUCGAAUCCCAGAAUCUGAGCUUGGCUCGCCAACACUCACUUCAGCACCAAAACUGGACCUUGAUGCCUACUGCCCUGGUGAAGCUGAGCCAGAACUGGGACCCCCUCCAUCUGUAGAUGAGGCAGCAAAUACACUCAUGACUCGCUUGGGCUUCCUCCUGGGAGAGAAAGUCAACGAAGUACAGGCAGGGCAUCAGUACAGCAUGGAAGUACAGGAGGACAAUCAGACAUCAGCAGCAUCUCAGCGAAUAAGCCCAUGCUCCACAUUGACCAGCAGUACUGCUUCGCCACCUGCCAGUAGUCCCUGUUCCACCCUCCCUCAGUCUAGUACCAAGGAUGUAAUCGCAAAAGAUGGCACUUACGGAGCUGUCACAAGCCCGACUUCUACUCUUGAAAGCAGAGAUAGUGGCAUCAUAGCAACACUAACAAGUUAUUCUGAAAAUAUGGAUCGCGCUAAGUAUGGAGGGGAAAGCAGUAAAGAAUUGGGAUCUGGAGGAAACUUGAAACCUUGGCAGUCUCAAAAAUCCAGUAUAGACUCCUGUUUAUAUCGAGUGGAUGAAAAUAUGACUGCUUCUACAUACAGUCUAAAUAAGAUCCCUGAAAGGAACCUAGAGACUGUUUUAUCCCAGUCGGUACAGUCCAUUCCACUUUAUCUUAUGCCACGGCCAAACUCUGUAGCAGCCACUAGCUCAGCCCACUUAGAAGAUCUAGCUUACCUAGAUGAACAGCGGCAUGCUCCCCUACGGACAUCUCUCCGGAUGCCUCGGCAGAGUAUGGCUGGUGCUCGCACACAACAGGACCUAAGAGUACGCUUUGCACCUUACAGACCUCCUGAUAUCUCUCUGAAACCACUGCUUUUUGAGGUGCCUAGCAUCACCACAGAAUCUGUAUUUGUUGGCCGAGACUGGGUGUUCCAAGAAAUUGACGUACAGUUACAGAGUGCUGAUGCCAGCGUGAACAGGGGUGUGGUCAUUGUUGGGAAUAUUGGCUUUGGCAAGACAGCAAUCAUCUCAAGACUGGUUGCACUAAGCUGUCAUGGUACACGCAUGAGGCAGAUUGCCUCAGACAGUCCCCACGCGUCCCCGAAACAUGUUGAUGCAAACAGAGAGCUUCCCCUCACCCAACCACCUUCUGCUCACUCCUCCAUCGCCAGUGGGAGCUGCCCAGGAACCCCAGAAAUGCGUAGGCGUCAGGAAGAAGCUAUGCGGAGGCUUGCUGCCCAGGUUGUUGCGUAUCACUACUGCCAGGCUGAUAAUGCCUACACCUGCCUUGUGCCAGAGUUCGUACACAAUGUGGCAGCCCUGCUCUGCCGCUCACCCCAGUUUGUUGCCUACAGAGAACAACUGCUGAGGGAACCACAUCUACAGAGCAUGCUUAGUUUACGCUCCUGUGUUCAGGAUCCACUGGCUUCCUUCAGGAGGGGAGUUUUAGAGCCUCUGGAAAACCUUCAUAAAGAGCGGAAGAUUCCUAAUGAAGAUUUUAUCAUAUUGAUUGAUGGCCUAAACGAAGCUGAAUUUCACAAACCUGAUUACGGGGAUACAAUAGUAUCGUUCCUCAGCAAAACGAUAGGGAAAUUUCCAUCCUGGUUGAAGUUGAUUGUAACGGUUAGAACAAGUCUACAGGAAAUAAUUAAGUUAUUGCCCUUCCAUAGGAUAUUUCUGGACAGACUAGAAGAGAAUGAAGCUAUAGAUCAGGAUCUCCAAGCCUACAUCUUGCAUCGAAUACAUAGCAGCUCUGAGAUACAGAACAACAUCUCUCUUAAUGGCAAAAUGGACAACACAACCUUUGGCAAACUCAGUUCUCAUCUCAAAACUCUGAGUCAAGGAUCCUACCUGUACCUUAAACUCACAUUUGAUCUUAUAGAGAAGGGCUAUUUGGUGUUAAAAAGCUCCAGCUAUAAGGUAGUUCCUGUCUCCCUUUCGGAGGUUUAUCUACUGCAGUGCAAUAUGAAGUUCCCAACACAGUCUUCCUUUGACCGGGUAAUGCCUCUCCUGAAUGUGGCAGUAGCAUCUCUGCACCCCUUGACUGAUGAGCAUAUUUUUCAGGCCAUCAAUGCUGGGAGCAUUGAAGGUACCUUGGAAUGGGAGGACUUUCAGCAAAGGAUGGAGAACCUCUCCAUGUUUCUUAUCAAGCGCAGAGAUAUGACUCGGAUGUUUGUUCAUCCAUCUUUUCGAGAAUGGUUGAUCUGGAGAGAAGAAGGAGAAAAAACCAAGUUUCUCUGUGACCCUAGGAGUGGUCAUACCUUGCUCGCCUUCUGGUUUUCUCGUCAAGAAGGAAAACUCAACAGACAGCAAACAAUUGAGCUGGGCCAUCAUAUUCUCAAAGCACAUAUCUUUAAGGGGCUGAGCAAAAAAGUUGGGGUUUCCUCUUCAAUUCUCCAAGGGCUUUGGAUUUCCUACAGUUCGGAAGGCCUUUCCAUGGCUCUGGCCUCUCUACGGAACUUGUACACCCCCAACAUAAAGGUCAGUCGGCUGCUGAUCUUAGGAGGAGCCAACAUCAAUUACAGAACUGAAGUGCUGAACAAUGCCCCAAUAUUAUGUGUCCAGUCACAUCUUGGCUACACUGAGAUGGUCGCUUUGCUGCUAGAGUUUGGAGCGAACGUUGAUGCCUCUUCUGAAAGUGGUCUAACAUCUCUUGGAUAUGCGGCUGCUGCUGGCUAUCUAAGCAUUGUUGCCCUGUUAUGCAAGAAGCGGGCCAAGGUGGAUCACUUGGACAAGAACGGCCAAUGUGCAUUGGUACAUGCAGCUCUCAGAGGUCAUCUGGAAGUUGUCAAGUUCUUGAUUCAGUGUGACUGGACAAUGGCUGGACAACAGCAGGGGGUAUUCAAAAAGAGCCAGGCUAUCCAACAGGCUCUCAUUGCUGCUGCCAGCAUGGGAUACACUGAAAUUGUCUCCUACCUGCUUGAUCUCCCAGAAAAAGAUGAGGAGGAAGUAGAGCGAGCCCAAAUCAACAGCUUUGACAGUCUGUGGGGAGAGACAGCUCUGACUGCUGCAGCAGGACGAGGCAAGCUGGAAGUUUGUCGCCUGCUUCUUGAGCAAGGAGCAGCUGUAGCCCAGCCCAACAGGCGUGGGGUUGUUCCCUUAUUCAGUGCGGUCAGACAAGGCCAUUGGCAGAUUGUUGAUCUCUUGCUCACCCAUGGUGCAGAUGUUAACAUGGCAGACAAACAAGGUCGGACUCCUUUGAUGAUGGCAGCUUCAGAGGGACAUUUGGGCACAGUAGAGUUCUUACUGUCUCAAGGCUCAUCAAUAUCACUAAUGGAUAAAGAAGGACUGACUGCCUUGAGUUGGGCUUGCCUAAAGGGCCACCUUUCAGUGGUGAGAGCUUUAGUGGAGAGUGGAGCUGCUACAGACCAUGCUGACAAAAAUGGACGCACUCCGUUGGAUCUGGCUGCUUUUUAUGGUGAUGCUGAGGUGGUUCAGUUCCUGGUUGAUCAUGGUGCCAUGAUUGAGCAUGUGGAUUACAGUGGAAUGCGACCCCUCGACAGGGCAGUGGGUUGCCGCAAUACUUCCGUUGUAGUCACACUAUUGAAGAAAGGAGCCAAGAUAGGCUGUCAGACGUUACCGAGUCGCCCACGAGGUCCAGCAACCUGGGCGAUGGCCACUUCCAAGCCAGACAUCAUGGUCAUCCUGUUGAGCAAGCUGAUGGAGGAGGGGGACAUGUUUUACAAGAAAGGGAAAGUGAAGGAAGCUGCCCAGCGCUACCAGUAUGCUUUGAAGAAGUUCCCCCGAGAAGGAUUUGGAGAAGACCUGAAAACCUUCCGGGAACUGAAGGUCUCACUUCUUCUCAAUCUGUCCCGGUGUCGGAGGAAAAUGAAUGAUUUUGGAAUGGCGGAGGAAUUUGCUACUAAAGCACUGGAGCUGAAACCGAAAUCUUAUGAAGCUUACUAUGCAAGAGCAAGGGCCAAACGCAGCAGCAGACAGUUUUCAGCAGCACUGGAGGACCUGAACGAGGCCAUCAAGCUCUGUCCUAACAACCGUGAAAUCCAGCGUCUGCUGAUGCGAGUGGAGGAGGAGUGCAGACAAAGCCAGGCACAACUGCAGCAACAGCCUCUUGUAGUAUCUGAACCUGAAACACAGCAUGAAGAGUUGUAUGAGGUGCAAGACGUCUUGGAAGAAGAAUAUAUUGAGGAAGAUGUAGAAAACAUUUCUGUUGGCUUGCAGACAGAGUCACGGCCCAGCCAAACGCUGCCCAUCAUCCAGAGCCCUCCCUCUUCCCCUGCCCACCGAGACUCUGCCUACAUCUCCAGCUCACCACUUGGUUCCCAUCAGGUCUUUGACUUCAGGUCAAAUAGUUCUGUGGGAUCACCAACCAGACAAGGGUACCAGCCCACUUCUCCAGCACUCUCCCCAACACACCAGAAUUCCCAUUAUAGACCUAGCCCACCACACACAUCGCCGGCUCACCAGGCCUCUUACCGUUUUAGUCCACCUCCAGUUGGUAGCCAAGGGAAGGAAUAUCAGAGCCCACCUCCUUCACCCCUUCGUCGUGGUCCUCAAUACCGAGCCAGCCCUCCCGCAGAGAGCAUGAGUGUCUACAGGGCUCAGUCAGGCUCACCAGUCCGAUAUCCACAGGAACCCAGCAUCAGUCAACUUCCUAGUCGGCCAAAGUCUCCACUCUCUAAAAUGACACAGAGGUCUUUCCAGAUGCUUCCACUUCCUGUUGCAGUCCCCCAGCAAGGGCUCAGGCUCCAACCUGCUAAGGCACAGAUCGUCAGAAGCAACCAGCCAAACUCAGCUGUGCACUGCAGUACUGUGAUUCCAACAGGCACCUAUGGCCAAGUAAGCCAUUCAGUGGCCAACAAAUACCAGUCUCCAUCAGCAGAAAUGGCUGUUAGCCAAAGCCGGCUGGUCUACCAGAGCUCUGUUGGGGGAAUAGUUGGGGAUGGGAGGCCAGUGCAGCAUGUUCAGGCCAGUCUCAGUGCAGGGGCUAUUUGCCAGCAUGGAGGGCUGGCUAAAGAGGAUCUUCCACAAAGGCCUUCCUCCGCUUAUCGUGGUGGGAUGCGAUAUAGCCAAACUCCACAAAUUGGCCGUAGCCAGUCAGCUUCCUAUUAUCCAGUCUGUCAUGCAAAACUUGAUCUGGAACGGUCCUCUCUCCCCUCUACCCAGCUUGGUUCCCCUGACAUCUCUCACUUGAUACGAAGGCAGAUGACAGUAAACCCCAAUGAAAUAAAGCCCCAUCCACCAACUCCAAGGCCUUUGCUUCAUUCUCAAAGUGUUGGCCUCAGAUUUUCCCCUUCUAGCAAUAGUAUCUCCUCCACUCCCAAUUUGAAUCCCCCCUUCCGCCCUUCUGCUUCUAUUCAGCAGAUGGAGAUUCCUCUCAAACCAGCCUAUGAUAGAUCAUGUGAUGAGCUUUCCCCAGUCUCCCCAACACAAGGCGGCUACCCCAGCGAGCCUGCCCGCUCCAGGACCACACCUUUUAUGGGAAUCAUAGAUAAAACUGCCCGGACUCAGCAAUAUCCUCAUCUACACCAACAGAACAGAACCUGGGCUGUGUCUUCAGUGGAUACUGUUAUAAGCCCCACAUCUCCUGGAAAUCUUCCCCAGCAGGAAACUUUUAGCCCACCUUCUUCUAUCAGCAGCAUUGCCUUUUAUAACAAAACCAACAAUGCACAGAACGGCCAUUUGCUGGAGGAUGACUAUUACAGUCCACAUGGGAUGUUGGCCAAUGGCUCCCGAGGAGACCUCCUGGAGAGAGUUACCCAGACCUCUUCAUAUCCCGAUGUUAAGGUGGCCAGGACACUGCCUGUUGCACAGGCAUAUCAGGACAAUCUCUAUAGGCAACUUUCCAGAGACUCCAGGCAAGGACAGACAUCCCCUAUCAAACCAAAGAGACCAUUUGUGGAGUCUAAUGUGUGAAAUGGAUGUGUCUUGGAGUUAAGAGCCUUGUGUUUUCAGCACAUUUUUCCCGGCUGAAUUCUCAUAAUUAUGUUGCUGUUUUUUCUUCCUUUUUAAAAAAUUCAAUUCACUAGUGGGUCAGGGAUUUUCCUGUGAUUUCUGUGUGAUGACGAGGCAGUCCAAGACAUGCUCCAAACCCUUUGCUGCACAGAGAUGACCUCAGCUAAAGCCAGCAAUGUAAAUAUUUUCAGCUGUUAGUCAAUUUUUAGUACAUGGUACUGGAGCUAACCCAAAACAGAUUCAAACCACACUCAAAGGAGGCAACCAGCUCUUGGAAGAAGGCUUUAUUGUUGGGAAAUUGCACUCUUCAAUCAGCACAGUGCUGUCCACAUUGUUUCCUUGCACCCAAAGAGCUUGUUAACCUGUACAGAAUGGGGCUUUUAUUUUGUUUUUAGUAUUAAUAAGGAGCUAUGCAUUAAACCCAUCCUGCUUAUCUCAUGUGAUAGGAUUGUACAUUCGUGUUAAAAAUUCAUUAUUGAGAAUUUUUAACAUCCUUGCUUGCCAGCAUAUUUGUAUGGACUAUCACGGGUAACAUUGCUUUGGAAGGCAUGUUCAAAAUGAUAUAUUUUUUUAAUUUUCCCAGAAGCAUUUCAGUAAAUAUUCAGGGAGAAAUCGGUAUCCUCCCUAUUUUAGCCAAUCAGUGGGUGGCUUGAUCUGGAUAUUGAACAUCCAAUUCAUUUUCAAAUGGACUCUUUCUUUCCAUAUUAAAAAAAAUACAAAUUGGGUUAAGUCCCCAGUGCUUUAAAGCAGCCUUACUAAUUUUCAGUUUCUAGGUGCAGUCAUCAUCCCAGACAACUGUCUGUGCUUACCUGAGAAUGUUGGGAAGCACAGACUAGCAUUCUUGGGGCAACUUCCUUAGAGAACGAUGGGGAAUGAGAAAGGUCCAGAAUGUGAUCAGAUCUCCCACAGUGGCAGCUAAAGCAUUUCCCAUUACAGUUGUUUCUUGAGCAGAAAUGUCUUGAUCCAUGCAGUAAUUCCGAUCUUGGAAAUAUUUUGGACACAUUUGACUUCUUUGUUCUUCAGUAGUGGUGCACUACAACUUGGCUUAUGUAGGAUAAUGUAAUAUGGGGUUUUUGUGGUAGACGUUGGACUACUUUUCUAGGCCAAAGUAAAAAAAUAGCCAAGUGGUUAAUUAGUGAAGCUUGAUAGAAUAUCAGAUGUACUAAAAAAAAAACCCAAUGAGGAUGUCUGGAAACAAGAAACAGUUAUUACUACAUGGAAAGGACCUAAUAAAAGUAGUCUGUGCCAUUUUAUGUUUCCUUGGAAAGCUCUAUGUACUACCACAGGGGAAUGGAUGGAGAGAAUAAUCUGUAAAUCUAUUUAGGAGCACAGCCCCCCCCCCCGAAAAAGCUGAAACAAUCUCCAUGGCUUGGAGAUGUCAGAAAUACAAACACGGACAGCACACUCUGCCCUUUUUGCAUUUUGAUAGCAUAACAUCAACCCAAAUGCUACCCGUGAAUUCAGUAGGAUCUUUUCACUACACCUUGGUUGUGAUGGGAGUAGGUAGCUCAUCUCUUGGUUGCAGAUUGAAUUGAUAGAUUUUUGUUUCUGUUAUUAUUAUUUCAUAUCAAAAGCAUUGCAUAAAUUAGUAUAAAACUGAUAACAAUAGAAGGUGUGCGGGAGGCUAAAUAUCUUUUGACCAAAACGGGCAACAGCAAUGGCAUUGUCUGUAGCCUCCAAUAAUUCCUCCUCUGUACAUGAGGCAGGGCAUAGUGGACAAGCAUACAGAUGUGGGGUUGUCUGUUCUGCUCCACAGUCACACAAGGUGUGGGAUUCUUUUAGGUAGUGCCAUUUUGCCAGGUUGUCUUUUGAUCUGCUCACUCCGCUUCUGACUCUAUUCAGGGACUUCCAGGUUGCCCAUUCUUGGUUUGCCCCCGGAGGAAGAACCUCCAGUUGGGAUUUCCUGAUUGAGCUGCCCAGAGGGACACCCUUGCUGUUGCUGGAGGGACGCCAAGAGGAGUGGUAGUUCUCAUAAAGCUUUUCCUUGAUCUGAGUCUACUGGGAAGAGGCUGGUAGCCAUGUAGUGGAUAGUGUCCAACCUUAUUUGUUUCUGUUGACAAUAUUUAUAAAAUGGCAUUGUAGUUUCUGGAUUAUGCACUUUUUGCUUCUAGUUUAUUUUCAAUACAUGGCUUUUCAGCAGUAUAGGGCUGUCACAGAGAAUUCACAUCUUUUAAGAACGAUAGAACACAUAUUUCCCUGAAAAUCACAAAAAAUGUUUUUAACAGUUGAUUUGGGUUUUCACCCUUUAUUUUAUACAUCCUUUUUCAGCUCUUUUAUGAUUAGAUUCCAGAAUCUGUCAGCAUUAAUAAAACAUUGAGCAGUGAGGAGCAUUUUUCUGAUCAGGACAGCCUAAGACAUUCCGGAGUCAACAAAUCCAUAGCUUUGCAGGUACUUCUUUUCAAGGAGGGCAUGGUUUAAAUGUUUUGACACAUUCAAAGAAACUGUGUACCUUCGUAUGACGUGAGUGGGUAGCCGAGAUAAAGGAAGACACCACUCCAAAAUUUCUUGCACUUAUUCAUGGAUCAGAUAAAACCACUCCCUGUUCCAGCCCCUUCCCCCUGUAUUUUUGUGUCCCAAGGACACUUUUUAAAAGAGGGAUGCUUUUUUUCUUCAGCAUAAAGGGAUCUUCAAGAUUUCUGUGUCAUAGAAAUGUUUUCUGCUGUUUGAAACUCUAGAAUGGGAAUACACAUCAAACGAUAUCUUUCUAUGUGUUUAUCAGGGAUUCGUUUCUUUAAUUUGCACAUACUUGGGGACUGCUUGCUUCAUACAGAAACUAAACCAUCUUGUUGCAGAAUGCAGUGCAAGAUCAAAAUAAUUGUGCUUUUUCCUGGCCUGAGGGCUGUGACAGAAGAGACUAGUACCAAAUUCUUCAGUACAGUUGAUGCACAUUGAGACACUGCAUUUGCUUGUCUUUCCUGAGAAAGCAAUUGGGGAAAACAACCAAAUUUAGCCUCCUCUAUUCCGUAGGAAACAGAGGAACAGUGCCGCUGUCAUGCCGAUUGUCUUUGCAAUUUCAGAAUGUGAAUCUUUUUGAUGAUACAGUUUGUAGAGCCUUGAAUUCUGCUCUGAUCUUCACUGCCAUGGGGUUUCCGGUCCUGUACCUGUUGACAUUAAGCAGUCAGGAAAAGAUGUCAGUAAUAGGGUGCCAUGCACAUCUAAAAUGGGGGCUUAAUACGACUGUUGUGCAGGGAGUUCCCUUCCUGACUCCACAACAGUACUGUGUUAUGAUUCCACAGGGUUCUUGCACUGAUAGAUUUGCUGCCUGCUCUCUGUAAAUGCAAUGCGCUUUACAGUUACAUUAGCUAAGUACUGGUUGUUUAAGCUUGAUUGUUGUCUUCAUUAGAAAUACAGCAGAACAGCUGAGAUCUUGUCUUUCAGUGUAUUUAAACAAAGCAGAAGCAAUGACUCAAAAUAUAUAGCACAAAUAUUAGCUGUUGUGUAUAAGCAUCAAAAGUGAUUUUUUUUAAUAUGAAGAGAAAUAUUUGCUGUGACUUAAACCGAACUCCCAGCAAUUCUCUUUUGGAGUACUUGAAGCUGAAUUGUUGCUGUUUUUAAAUUAUACAUGUUGCCAAGUGAGGGGGCAUUCAUUGGGAUUGGUAAUGGGCAAUACUUGGUCAUGAUAUGUGUUGUCACCUUAAAAAAUAGAGCACAGCUUAAUUUAUUUCACUGUCAUUUCCUCAAGUUAAAAACCUUUGCAAGUGAGCUUCUCAUACACAGGAAAGCGUUAUAAAAUAGGUAACAUCAGAGAAACCUGAGGGCUCACAAAUGAGUUAAAAGAGGCAGUGAAAAAUAACAGUAACCCCCCCCCCCAUCCAAAUUCUCGUAAACAUGCCAAAUAAACCAUGUCCUUGCAGCAACACUUCUACUUUGAAUGUAUGCUUAUUUUAUUUAAAAAAUAACAUGCGAUUUUAUGCUGAGGUUGCAUCAAAGCCUUCAUUUGCUUACUCGAAGCCUCAUUCUAAAACUACAAUCUAGAUGCUGGCUUGUGGUUGAAUCAUGGUGCUUGAAACUGUGAAUGUUGGAUCAUUGUUUCUGAUGGCCAAAGGAAAUGUGAGGCCUCAGGACCCUUUCUAUCCCUACCAAGAGUUUUUGUCCCAACAAAACUCAAUCCUUAAUGCUUGACAUGACAUUCAAAUAGCAGCUUCAGACAAAUGUAUUUUGUAGGACCAGAGCAGGGAGAGAAAGCUCAACUAUCUCUCCCUGUUCUUCAUGUUCCAACCUUGACAGCUGUUUACAUAACAACUGUGCUUGUUAGCACUGAAUCUAGUUUGCUCCCGAGUUUGCUCCCUAAAGGCUGCCUGGUUGCUUGCCACUGAGAAUUUGAAAUGGUUAGCUCCUACCAGGUCCUAAAAACAGGAUGAAAGUCACAGUCCAUUUCAAGCUCUGCUUGGCUUCAAGGAAGAAAGCUGUCACAUGGCUUCAAAGCUGGUUGUUAGAAACGUUCUUAUAGAAUAAGAUUCUCUUUUAAAAACCACGUUCACGGGAGAGGGGCUGAAGAUAAGCUCUUUCCUUUGCAGGCUCAAAGGCAAGAUGUGUCCACCAACGCAGAACAUUUUUUCAAAUACUAAGGCUGUGGGGGCUCUUUAUGUGUUUAUUUUUGCAAGCUUUGGGGAGUGGACAGCAGAGAAAGUGAACAAACCUAGGCAUAUUUUGAAAAUCCACAUCUCUAGACUGGUCUUGAGCAGCAGUUAACAAAUUGCUAGGAUCCCAGAUCCACACAGGAAGAGAUCUAGUAAAACAAAAAAACCGAAGUGCCAGCUCCUCUGCUCCUCUGCGCCUUACAUAUAGUAAUGAACAUCACUCCGUGCCUAGAAAUUCUUCUCUGCUUAAGGUGGCCCCUUUCAAACUCUUCGGUAGCAGGCUACAUCUCUCCCCAUUUCUACCACCCCUCCCUCCAUACAUGGGAGUUCCAGGUCCUUCAUCUCUCAAAGUUCAGCUUUUCAAAAGGGCUUAGAGCAAGCAAAAUGAAAUGUACCUCCAUUGACAUGUUCAAUGCCUUCAUUAAAUUUAUGAUUGCUGUCAGGCUAAGAAGGAGGAAUUUGGGACACAAGCACAAAGGGGUGGGAAACCUAGAGUCCCCCUCCCCAAUUACUUGAAUACUGUUGCUGAGUAAUUUUUUGUCCCCCAACAACAAGAAGAAAUCCUAUUAAGGGCUGAACUUACACAGCAGGCUGUUGUGUGUGCAGUUGUAGAUGGCUGGAUUAUUCUACAGAACCUCAACAUAGUCUUGUUGAUCUACUAUAUCAGGCUAGACCCUUUGCUACAAGUAAAUCCCUGUAAUCUAUUUCUUCUCGCUAAUCACUUGGAGCUGCUCUUGUAUAACCACUUUCUCAUUAGAAAGGCAGAGACUGCUAGCUGAUUCUGUGUUGCUUCAUUUGUGCACGUGAGAGGCUACUGAGAGAAUGGGAGGAGGUUUUGCACUUUUAAACUUGCUUAGAAAUAAAAAGUGAGAUGUGACUUUUGUUUCCGCUGGCUGCCAUCGCAUUGAGUCAUAAGAGAGGUGGGACAGUUCAGCUUUACUCUUGGACCUUCACCAGAUCCUAGUUUGGAUCCAGAUGUAUUCAUACUCAGGCAGACCCGUUAGAAUCAGUGAAAAUAAAAUGUCAUGAGUCCCAUUGGUCUCCUGUAACUGUGAUUUCAGUAGGUCUCCUGUAACUGUGAUUAAGUCUGGAAUCAAUCCUCUGAAUCUCUUUCUUAUAGGUACCCAUUCUUACUUACCAAUACUAAUAUUUCGACUUAAUGCAAGGCACUAAUCUGUAUUGGUCCAGGGUUUGGGAGUAUUUUGGAGGGGAUGAAUGUUUUGCUAUUCUUAAUGCACCAGUUAAAUGUAUUUCUCAUUUCAAUGGAGUUCUUUCAUUGAUAUUUUUCUUCCCCUGGAGCAUUGCAGCAUUUUGCCUGCCUUGUCUGCCUCUGUACAAUAACACAGCACUCCUUUGUAUUAAAAACCUUUUUGGUUGUCCAUCCUUCAAGACACUUGCUGGGAAGACAAUUGUUUUUUUUUUCCUUUUAGCUUUUCUAUAAUUCUGAUGUAAAGGAUUUUCUCUGUACAGUAUAAUAAUAUUCAAUUGCAUGUUCUGUUCUCUUACUGAUAUAUUGAAUCACCACACAGUUGUGAUCUUUUGCAGCAGGGCAGCCGCACAAAUCCCUGCGCUUGGCUAAGGCUCUUGGCCACCCCUGUAUAAAGGAAAGAAACGUGUUUCUUUCCCUUCACUGUACUUGCUUGAGCAAAGUUUUAUUGUCUGUACAUGUGAGCUGUGAGAUAGACGUGGAAAAAGUUCAAAAAGAAUGCAUUCUUCCCUUCCCCUCCCUAAUGUAUACAGAUUGUAACCUGUACAAUGAACUGUAUGUAUGAAAAAAAUGUACUUAUUUAUAAAUGGUUAACACUUGGAAAA